AUGCCAGGAGCUUCCUGCUUAUUUUUUGGCGUUGUAUACCCUUUCGAGGUGGAAAUGACGAUGAAUUCGCCUUCAUUGCCAUGCCAUUCAUUGACAUGCGGAUUUCCGGGUUGUUUCAAGAUUUGUUUGUGGCAUGGUGGAAAAUCAUUCUCGACGAUUGUCAGAAUUAAGAAGUUUGCAUGUAGCAAAUGCCAGCUCUUCAAACAAUCCAAAGUGUACGUCCAGAAGCAUAUUCAGAGUUCUUGCCCAACAGCCGCUUUAAUUGAAAUAAGGCAUGAUUAUUUGGUUGACUAUUGCUCGACGGCGAAAAGUUGCUUCCCGGAUCUGCAUGAGAAAUUUGUGGAGCAAGUAACAAGACAGGCAAAUGGCGCUAAGCCUGGGAAGUUGGAUCCGGAAAUUUACAAGCGCUUUCUUGAACCAAACGGUAUCUCUCCAGCAACACCAGUAAGCAGCUCCGGUUCUGCUUCAAAUCUUCAAAAGCCUAUCAAUACGGGACAAAAUUUGGUAAAUGUGAGGAAUCAAUUUUUAGCAACUCCUAUGGUAAACCCAAGCGCUGUUGUACCAAAAGAAACCGCUAAUUGCACAAAUCUUCAAAUGUCGUCCGGUGUUGAUCAAUCCGUAUCCGCAAGUUCAUUUAAGGAUAUCGGAGGGGCUAUCAAAAAAGAGCCGUUAUCUCAUGGUUCGGGCCUCAAUCUUGAGGGGACUAUCAAAGAAGAGCCUGUUUGGAACCAAGGUGGGAACAUGCAUCGCUCCCAAGCUGCUGCAAUUCUUCAGAAGAUUGAUGCAUACGACAAGAAGCUACGCGAGGAGAGUGCAGCCACACGAAGACGCCUUUAUCGGCAAAUUGGACAAAAUCAGGACACAAUCACAAUGUUAGAGCAGAAGCUGCACAACUUGCAAUCCAUCGAAGUCAUCGAUUUGACGGGGAAU